GAUUUCGUCGAAGCUGAUGUAAUGGGUGAAUGUUGUUUUGCAACCUCUAGGUUUAGGUAUAGGCGUAAAAGGAACAAUGCUAAGCGCAAAGAAGACCCGCUGCACGUCAUCGUCGGUCGCUAGACCUGGUCCACGGCGCAUCGAAGUCAGGUUGCAUGCGGCUCGAUGGGACGGCGCGAGCAACAUGAAGGCUGGGUUUGCUGCAGCGGCCCUUACAGCGCUUUUGCUCAGCCCGAGCGCCCAUGCAGCGACGCUGGCCGAGGCAGCCGCUGAGCGCGAGCUGGCCAUCGCCUCUCAGAAGCAGCAGUUGGAGUACCUUUUGCAGCAGCAGGAGAACGCACGCAGGGCAGCGCUGAUGGCACAGCGGAAGGCGGUGGAGCAGCAGGUGAGCAGCGUGCAGACGGCGCUGCAGCAGAAGCUCACGGAGCAACGAGCCAACGCGCUGGCUGCGGAGAAGAACGGGGACAAGGGACUGGCGGACGUGAUCAAGGCGAACGGAGCGCAGCUGGAGGAGAAGGCAGAGCAGGUGCGGGUGGCGGCGGCUAAGAUGGAGAGCCGGUUGGACCGAGCUGAAAUGUUGCAGAAGGCCAAAGCGGCGGCGGAGAAGCAGCAAGUAGAACGGGCGGCGCAGGAGGCCGUGGACGAUAUUAAUGAAGCCCUAGACAGGUGGCUGGAGAGCGUCAACAACAUGAAGUAAAUGAUGCUCCGCUCGGAUGAGGAGGGAGCGCCCAGCGAGGAAAGCAUGAACCGUGGGACCGGCGUGCGCGCCGUUGGCUUCUAGCUAGCCCCUGUGCGCUUCUUCCCUUUUGUGCAGCGUUUUAAUGUGAUCUAGAGACAUGAUGGAUGGCAAGAUAGGCAGUGUUGUCUCGCAACUUGAAUCGGCCCGUCCGCUGUCGCACUUCCCUUUACCGUUUUAACAGUACGAGUCACUGGUAUGGGAUUAGGUUGUCAACAUUAAAGUGUACAAUGCAUUGAGCGUGUCAUAUUAUGUCGAGUCGCUACCGAGAGGUGAUGAAGCACGGCAAUUUUGGUCAAGUCAUGCUGGAUCGGACAUUCAUCGGUCGUUCUAUUUCCACUGUGUAUACGUAUUAACAUAUGGGCAGCUGGCAUCCUUUCC